GGAAGGUAUAAAUAUCAGACCUCUCAUAUGUCCAAUCAUUAUGAUGCCUGCCGAGGACACAGAUGACAUUUGUCUAAUAACUUGCUCAUUUUGUUCUCAAAACUUCGAUUCAGUCAGACAACUAGCUCUACAUAUAUACACACACUUACCUUGGUUUUACCAAGACUUUUACUGCACGCACUGUGAAAGAAAUUUUGAAAGACAAUCUCAAUUAGAAAAUCAUUUAAAUCUACAUGGGCAAUUUGACACAGACUACAAGUUAAGACUGGAGUCAAAAGUUGAUAAGCUACAAGUAGAUUACUAUAAAGAAAACAUUCAUCAUCAUAACAUUGCCAAAAUUAUUGAGGAAAAAGCGCCACUUUUGUCUAACCAGCGCCUGAGGAAACUGCUUCGCAAAUCUAAGAUGGGUAAAUCAUCGACCAGAAGGCCAUCAACCCCAUUACAAGACGAAAGCGAUGCAGCCAUAAAUGCAUUGAUGGAAAUGCAAGAUACUAUUAAACAGAGCCCACCCAACAUUCAGCAAAAAGCCGUCCCUGAGGAGAAACUGGUGGUCUCCAGUCUUCCUAACCCUCCACAAACUACUAGCAGCCGGAAGAGGAAACUUGAGAGCGAAGAAAGCUCGCAACUAGCCAAGAGGGUAUCCAGCCUGGAAGAGCGAAUCACCCACCUCAGCUCCAAGCUUGUUCAGGUCUGUGAGCAACAAUCCACAGACCUGAAAGCACACAUAGAUGUAGCGUUACAAGACUAUACCUCCAGAGUAUCCAAUUAUAAUCUCGAGCUGACGAAAGCAAUCCAACAUGACAUUGAAACUUUGUACCAGAAUAUCCUAACCAAAACUUCCACUGGCCAGCAACACAACCUAGACCAUGCCUUUAUUGCAUUCUCAAGAACACUUUUAGAAAAGAAGUGACUUCUGAAAAAAACAUAAUUUAUAAUUAUCAUUACCUUAAUAAGUCUCAGUGUGUUGAGCAUCCACAUCAUAUUUUAAAAUCUCAGUGUGUUGAGUAAGCUAUAUCCAUC